CGCCUCUACUCACAGGCAACAUGUUGAUCACUUGACCGGCUAGAACAUUGGUUGCUGCUCCACCAACUUCAACCCACCCAUUAGAGGUAACCCAAAAUCUCAUCAACCCACCAUCGCACGGUUACAUUCAUCGGAAUUCGGAAAGCUGCGCCGGCAAAAUUUUCGAACCCACCCCCCUGCCAUUCAUAUCUUCAAUCUGAAACUAUGGCAUCUCACACCAUUGAUCUUCACAAACGAGUGCACACGAUCAUUAAUCUCGAUAAAUGCUAUGUGGAUUGGAAUAGUACAAUGAUGUGCGGCAUCUCUGAUGAUACCUCGGCCCAGAUUUCACCGUCCCGUGAUGAUGAGCUUAAGAUCCGAUACAUACAGUACAAGAUAACGGAGCACACUUUGUCACCAAAUAGUGAUGCUUGUUCUCAAGAAGAUUGGAUGCUCCCCCCUACAACUAAGGUCAUUACAGUGCGUCGUUCGGAGUUAAACAACUUCGAUUCUGCUAGCAUCAUGCAAUCCUCUUCAGGGCGUAUGAUCGUAGAUUUUAUUAAUACUCAUUAUCCUCCUCAAGAGAAAGAAGACAUCCCCAAUGUUCUGGCAAGAAUAAUUGAUGUCGUUCAAAACUGCACUCCCUUGGUCCCUAAUGACUUCAUUGACGUGCGGCGAAUUGAAGGGCUGGAAAUAAUGCAUCAAAUGGAUGAUCAAGUGACUGAAGACUACUUAUGUCAUCACUUUGCUACCAAAAGUGGGACAUGUUCUAUUUGUUUGGAUGACUUUGAGGUUGGGCGCAACACUAGUCGACUGCCUUGCUUGCAUGUUUUUCAUGGUCCUUGCAUUUUUCAGUGGCUGGAGAAGAAUCAUUCUUGUCCCAUUUGCUGGUAUACUUUGGACUCUAAAUAUGCACCGUGGUUCAAUGCAUGACACACAUCCAGCUCUUUGCAUUCAGUCAUUUGAGCUCGCUUGGUUCAGUGAUUACGGAACUUCUCUUCUGUAAUAGCUGUGACAGUAUUUAAGAUAUAAAAUUUGUCUCAUUGUUUUCCAUUCCAUGUAAAGUUUCUGAAAUCAGUUGUG